UGCUCACUACGCUGGUUGACCAGAAGGCCAGUCCUAUGUAGUCCAAACAGCAAGGGCACAGUAAGAUGUGAGCUUUCUCCAUAGAUGUGGGCUGUGAAUUUCAUUAGCUCCACUUGCAAUCUCAAGAACUUGGUGUUCCCAGCAAGAUAGUAGGUGACUGGCUUUUCUCCAGUUCUCACAGCCAAGGUACAGACUAUUCAGAGAAUCAGCUGGCAAAGGCAGCCAGACAUUUCCAUGGUCUAGAACUACCAGCCAAGCCAGACCCUUACCAGCAUGAAGUUUUCCAGAUUUGUGAGCAUCCUGGUGCUAUUUGGCCUGUUUGCAAAUGUCCAGGGACCUGGUCUAACUGACUGGCUGUUUCCCAGGAGAUGCCCCAGAUUCAGAGAGCAGUGUGAUUACAAAGAAAGGGACCUGUGUACCAAGGACCGGAACUGUCAGAGCAAAGAGAAGUGCUGCACUUUCAGCUGCGGAAAGAAAUGUCUAGACCCCCAACAAGACAUAUGCAGCCUGCCAAAAGACCCUGGCUACUGCAUGGCCUACUUCCGUCGUUGGUGGUAUAACAAGGAAAACAGCACGUGCCAACUCUUCAUCUACGGAGGCUGCCACGGGAACAAUAACAACUUCCAAACCCGAAGUAUGUGCCAGAAUGCCUGCGAAAAAAAAAGCCACUCCUGAACAGAGGACACACUGGGGAAAACAUCGGGACUUGGCUUCUGCUCCAAGCUCUGUGUACCUGCUGGGUCCUGCUGGCUUCUGCUGACCACUCUGAACACUAAAUCUUCCCAACAUUGAAUCCCUUGGUACCUCCCCUCCUCCCACCAUCCCCAGUUCCUAUUCCUAACCCCUCCUCUUCGGAUCCCCAUCACUAACUACGCCUCGCCCGCUCAGCCCCCCCAUCAGGAGCUCCCUGUUUAUUUCUGUGUACUCUCUCAACUUUAUUCAAUAAAGUAUCUGGCUUUA